AUGGAGAACUCAUCACCACCACCAAGUAAUUACGCACAGCCAAUACCAAAUAAUGAUAGACUGAUUGUCUCGAUUCCAUUUGGCUACACAUACUUCACAAAGCCGAUCAAUACUGUCUUUGAGGCUUUGAAUUCGUCAGACUGGAGAACUAGGGAAGCAGAAAAUGCACUCAUUACGACAACGCUAGCACAGAUUUCAGCUGCUCCCGCAAUCGGGAGUCAGAUCGUUCGUUUGAUCCCCGAAAACUCCGCAAUAUUCGACAAUCUUCCCCAACUGAGGGCCACUGUUGCCAGAAUGAACCAGGAGUACUCUAAUUACGACAUUAUCACCAUCCUGAACGAGUUUCGGGUCUCUGACUUUAAGCUUACCGUGUCCAUCAUUGGAAGCUGCGAUGUCAGGAGACAAAUUCACGAUAUUCGACUUGCGAUCAUGCAAAGUUUCAACCCGGUGAUGGAGAUAAUUGUUGAAUUAGACGCCUCAUCCGGUACAUGCUACUGCUUUGAUGAGAACCAGCAGGUGAAGCCGGAGUUUUGCGACUUGCUGAAACAAAUAGCAUCGUUUACGGGUUCAUCCAUCUAUAUGACAGGCUCAACUGAGGACUCGUUCAUGUUCCAUUUACACAUUGUGGGACAUCGAGACCAGGUGAAGGAGGCUGAGAAUAAAGUGAGGCUUGGUCUGGAUGACUUGAAUCCUCACUUGUACUCGGACUUCUUCGAACUAGAGUCUCUUUCUUUGCUUCCGCUCAUUGCUGGACCAGCACUUGCCAACCUUAAGCGGAUUAUCCGGGAGGCAGACUGCACGAUGUAUCUUCCGAACGUUCUUCCGGAGUUGUACUAUGAGGAGGGGAAAAAGUACGCGGCUCUGGAUAAGAAGCCACGCAUUUUCAUCACAGGAUUGAGGUCGCUUGUUCUACAGGCGAAGAACUCCAUUUUACAAGUUGUCCAGAAGAUUUCCAAGACUCCUUUUAUGAAGCAGUUGAGUGUGGUCCCUUUGAAGAGGGAGAUGCUCAUUAUGGGUCGCUCGAAAAGCCUCAUGCUGAGAAAAAAGGCCGCUAUUACCGCGGAACAGCAACACAGAAGUGUGAAUUACAUGCUUAACAGUUACCAGGCGAUGGAGGAUGUGCUAAACGGGGCAGGAAAUGCCGAAAAUGCCGAUUUGCAAGGCUUCCCGCUUGAGAGCAUCAUGUAUACUACUGGUUGCUAUAUCGCGGUUCCUCCCUUUGGAUACGAAAGUGGAAACGAGACAGGAGACGUGGUUACGUUUCAGGGAAACUCGAUGGAGUCAGUUGAGAAUGCAGUGGGCCAGUUCGUGCUUCUACUGUCAUCUUUGUACUCGUCACAGGUCGAAUUUGGGUGUUUAGAGUCGCCAGCUUACCAGGGGGUCAACAUCAACAAAUUCCUCAAUUUUUGCGACACUUUGGCAUCCAACGCCGACGUUGCAGUAUCGAGUGUGAAGUUUGGAACAACUUACGUAAUCCAGAUGCUCGGAAGUGCCGAGAAGACCCGAAUUGGAACCAACUACCUCUCGCAGCUGGAGAGCUACUUAAACGAGAAUGUGGAGAGGGUCAACGUCCAGUUUCAGCUCGAGCUCCCAAACCAGGAGCGGGACUUCAUUGCCGGCAAGAAAAACGGGAAACUCGUGAAGAUUUCGAACUCGGCCUCGGUAACGGUCCAGCUUCUCCCGUUUACAGAUCACAACUUCAUUGUUGAGCUUUCCGGAGAGACUUUGGAGGGAUCGGUGUACGGAUUGGGUCUGUUGGAGCAGGAGCUUCCGGAAUCGAUGAUGUUCAACAUCCCGGAGUCGUUCCACCGACAAAUCAUCGGAGUUGGCGGCCAGACUGUGCAGACCAUCAUGCGAAAGUUCAACGUGUUCAUAAAGUUUUCCAACUCUUUUGAAAUGGGCGACAGACCGCUUGACCAGCACCAUCUGGGCCAGGCGGCAAACUUUGGGCAGGAGUUCGUGAGGAAGAACAAUGUGCUCAUCAAGUGCCCGGCGAAAAACAGGAUGCAGAUCGCUCCUGCCCGGGUUGAGCUCUCAAGACUCGUCGAAAAAGUCAUCACCGGUAGCUACAUAUCUUCCGAAAUCAGGCUUAGUGGGGCCCAGUGGAGGCUGCUGACCUCGGAGGGCUUCAAUGGCAUGUUCAACAGGGGGAAAAAGAGGCCGACGAACUUCAUCAUGGAGGUUGAAAAGCACACCAACACGUACAUCAGGUUCCCUGGACCCGAUACUCCUUACACCUCUAGUCCAGUGGAGAUUACCGUGUAUGGCUCUGAGGCUAACCACCGCUCAGCACUCGUCGAGCUUCAGAGGUUGCUCCCGUACUGCUAUCGGCUUUGCGUGAAGAAAAACGGCCGAUUCAAAGAUCUGAAAGCGGUUGCAGAGAACGUUUCAAAGUUUUUGCAGAACCCGUCGUCCUUGAGGAAACUGCAACUCCACUUUCUCGACAAUGUGAUCGUCCCUGUCAGAAUUAUGUACAAUGUGGAACUCCAGCUUCUGGAGACUUCCGAUGUGGCCGAGCACUCCAACUUCGUCAAUAUCUACUACUACCCGACCUCGUUUGGGUGCCCGUUUAACACCAUGAAGGCCGAAAGGUUGUCGAAGGACCGCUUGGCUCACGUGACCAAGAACGAGCUGUUUCAGCAGAUGUUGACCACCGUGAAAGAUGCUCUUGACAAGUUUCACAUGAAGGUUGUUUCCGAAAGUGCACACCCGGAAUCGCUGGAUGUUAAAGUCAAGGAAAAUGCUGCUAGGGUGGACACAGACUCUGCCAAACGGCCAAUCAGCAUUAUUAAGCCAAACACCUCAAGAGGUGGAAAGGGGAAGAGAGGCGGCUCUCGGAAUAUGAUGUUUAGAAGAGACAAUAUCCACCAAUUCGACUCGCCUGGAAACAAAGUGACCGGAAGUGCGUUGAGUAAUAUUGCCAAUGUUGGAUACAUGGGAUUUCUGAAUCAGGAUGCCGACCCAAGCUUGCUGGUAGCCAAUCCAGGACAAACAUAUCAUGGACAGGGAAAUCAGCUUUAUAAGGCAUCCCAAUUCGGAUAUCAAGGGGGUCGAGAGGCCCAGGAACAUAUCCAGAUCGAGAAUCGAAAUCCGCAACUAGAGCCAAGCUUUUCAACCCUAAACCAGGGCUCUGAUUUGAGAAGAAUGCCGGGUAACCAGAGACCGAACAAUUCCGUUAUGCGAGAUCUGAACUACGAGUACACCGGGUAUCAGAACCAGAAGAAGUGGUGA